AUGAAUAGUAGUCAGAAUGAUGACUAUUAUUAUAAUGAAGAUGAUGACGAAGAUUUUUACUAUUCAAUAAAUCAAAAAAAAGAUCAAGGUGUUACAAACGAACGAGAUUUCGAAACUAGUAGCAAUAGUGGAGAUAUUGAAAAAAAAGAAGAUGAAAGACUGGAGGAGGAAGAGGAGGAAGAGGAAGAAAAACCUGUAUUGGUAAGUGAAGAUUCGACAUGUCCAAUUUGCUUGGGUCCAUUUGAUGACCUAACAUUUUUGGAUAUUUGUUUUCAUCAGUUUUGUUUCCUGUGUAUUUUGCAAUGGUCUGAAGUAAAUCAAAAAUGCCCAUUAUGUAAAAAUAUAUUUCAUUCAUUUAUAUACAAAGUUAAAUCAAAUACAGACUACCAAAGAUAUAUAAUCGAGAAUAAAUCCAAACCAGAUAAAACAACAACUACAAUUACAACUACCACUACUAACAGCACCAAUAGUAAUAAUUACAAUCAACAACAAGCCAAUAUCAGAAGAUUUAAUAAUAGUCAUAAUAAUAAUAAUGAAAAUUAUAAUAGCAAUUUCAACAAUAACAACAGACUGGUAUUUCUACCAACUCUGUCCAUUACAGAACAGCAUAGUUUUAGAAAGAGUGUUUAUGUAAAGAACAUAAAAGCAAUUCCGAUGGUGCCACCAUUCAAACUCUAUUUAGAUCCAAUUUCAAUUAGUGCAAGUUUCAAAACAUGGCAAAAGAAAUUAAAACCAUGGAUCAAAAGAGAACUACAAUCCAUAUUACAAACUUCAGAUACCGACAUACUAGAGGACUUAGUUUUAGAAAUUCUCAAAAAGUAUAAUAUAGUGCAUGAUGAAAAGGUAUAUGAAACUUUAUCAAAAUAUUUAUUUGAUAAAACAUUACAUUUCAUUCAUGAACUAUUAUGUUUUGCAACUUCACCUUAUAAUAUGCAAACAUAUGAUUUAAAAGUAAUAUACGACAAAAGGCAAUCAUUAGUAAAUACCAUUAACAAUAACAAUAAUAAUAAUAAUAAUAGUAAUAGCAAUAGUAAUAACAACAUUAAUAAUAAUAUAAAAGAAGAAAAUCAAACCAAUGAUACACAAAAUAAAAUUGAACCACUUUCAAAUAUAUUACAAAGUACAAACUCACCAAUUAAACAUAUUCCACCAUUUUUAUCAAAUAUACUAGCAGAAGAAAAAGAAAGACAAGAUGAAGAAAAGGAAAUGGCUUUAAAAAGAAAAUUAGAAGAAGAAGAGCAGGAUAAUAUAAAAAAGAUAAUGAAAUUAGAAGAACCAGAUUUCAAUAAACUUCAACAAACAAUAUUGAACGAUAAUUCAACUGACCCAAAGCAACUAAUAGACUAUUUAGAUACCAAAAUCUCAGACUAUCAAUAUUAUAUAUCACAAUUAGAAAAUUACAAAUCAAAAAAUGACAAUAAUGAUAUUAACAAUAAAAAAAAAACUUUAUAA